AUGGCGCGAAUACAAUUCCAAGAUGACACCAACGUGUCGAAGCCGGUCAAGAGAAUGCGGUGGGCUACAAUUCGAAGACCAGAGCACAGUGGAACUAAGAAGCGGCUUUCUUUGCUCCAAAGAGUGCCCAAGGUCCACGUGUCAUCCUACGAGGAGAAGCCCUCGGGUCCUAGUCGCCAGGGAGAGAUCUCUGAGGACAGCCCAAUGGGUCAGCAACAGGAACCCGAAGACUCGGGGCUCCGGACCAUCUAUUUCAAUAUGCCCCUGCCUCCUGAAGCGAAAACUGAGGAAGGCCAUAACAAGGCGAAAUACGCCAGGAAUAAAAUCCGGACCGCCAAAUACACCCCCCUCAGUUUCAUUCCCAAAAAUCUGUGGUUCCAGUUCCAUAACAUCGCGAACAUAUACUUUUUCUUUAUCAUCAUCCUUAGUAUCUUCUCCAUAUUUGGAGCCUCAAACCCUGGCCUGGGUUCCGUACCUCUUAUUUUCAUCUUGACCGUAACCGCCAUCAAAGACGCUGUGGAGGAUUGGCGCAGAACUGUGCUGGACACAGAGCUCAAUAACUCGCCAGUCUAUCGCCUCUUGGAAUGGGAGAAUGUCAACUCAUCCUCAGAAGACGUUUCAUGGUGGAGGAAUUUCAAAAAGUCCUGUACAAGAUCCGUCAUAUCGACAUAUCGUGCCCUCAAACGGCUGGGAAAGAAUUCGAAUCGGUCAGAAAAGAUAGGUAAACCUGGCCUCGAGAGACACGGUUCUACCGCGACACGGGGCUCGGUAAGAACUUCGGUGUAUUCGCAACGGACAUCUUUCCACUCAACCCGCAGCCAGACCGAUAAUGAUAUUGCCUUGACUCCUGUACCUUCUCCAGGCUAUCGUGCAAGCCAUGCCGAGAAUGGUGAGCUCUCCGCUUCAGAAGCUCCUGGUAGCGCAUUCUCAUAUCGAACCGCCGAGGACUCAACCGCACCCGGAGAAAACACCGCCUCGGCUCUGGGAAACCAACAAAGCUCGAAACGUAAGAGUACUCUUGCACCUUCAAAAGAUUAUGGCAAUAUCAUCAACCCACAUAAAGAAAUUCCCGAGCGUGCUCGCUUUAAAAGGGAUUACUGGAAGAACGUUCAAGUGGGCGAUUUUCUUCGCAUUUACAACGAUGAGCAGAUCCCCGCUGACAUUGUUGUACUGUCCACCUCAGAUCCGGAUGGUGCUUGUUACGUUGAGACCAAAAAUCUUGAUGGGGAGACCAAUUUGAAAGUCCGCCAUGCCCUUCAAGCUAGCCGGAAGGUGAAGCACGCCCGGGACUGUGAAAGAGCGGAUUUUAUCCUUGAAAGCGAAGCUCCACACCCCAAUCUGUAUUCCUACAGUGGUGUUGCAAGGUGGCAACAGACCGAUCCCAAGGACCCCAAUGGGCCAGUCCGUGAGAUGGCCGAACCCGUCAGCAUUAACAACCUUCUGCUACGUGGUUGCAGUUUGAAGAACACCGAAUGGGCCCUAGGGAUUGUCGUCUUCACUGGCAGAGAGUCGAAGAUCAUGCUCAAUGCUGGUAUUACCCCUAGUAAGCGGGCCAGACUGGCCCGGGAACUCAACUGGAACGUCAUCUACAACUUUAUCAUUCUUUUCUUCAUGUGUCUGAUAUCUGGUAUCGUCCAAGGCGUGACAUGGGCAGAAGGAACCAACUCCCUCGAUUAUUUCGAAUUCGGUUCAAUCGGUGGCAGCCCCCCACUCGACGGCUUCAUCACUUUCUGGUCUGCGGUCAUCUUGUUCCAGAAUUUGGUGCCAAUCUCGCUUUAUAUCACCCUCGAAAUCGUCCGUUCCGUUCAAGCUUUCUUUAUCUGGUCGGAUGUUCACAUGUACUACGAUAGGCUUGAUUAUCCCUGUACUCCCAAGAGCUGGAACAUUUCCGACGAUCUUGGUCAAAUCGAGUAUAUCUUCUCAGACAAGACCGGCACCUUGACGCAGAAUGUCAUGGAGUUCAAGAAGUGCACCAUUAACGGUGUCCCGUACGGCGAAGCUUAUACUGAAGCCGAAGCUGGUAUGCGUCGUCGACAAGGUGUCGACGUUGAAGCUGAAGGGGCCCGCAUUCGUCAGGAAAUUGCCGAGGCGCGGGUAGACAUGUUGAAACAGCUACGCAAGAUGCACGACAAUCUAUAUCUUCACGAUGAAGAUUUGACCUUUAUUGCUCCUGAUUUUGUUGCAGACUUGAAUGGGAAAUCAGGCGAAGCACAAGCACGCGCCAAUGAGCACUUCAUGGUCGCACUUGCACUUUGUCACACCGUCAUUACGGAGACGACUCCUGGAGAUCCACCCAAGAUCGAGUUUAAGGCUCAGUCACCCGAUGAGGCCGCGUUGGUGGCGACCGCUCGCGACAUGGGUUUCACUGUUCUCGGUCGCACGAACGAAGACCUCCACGUGAACGUUCUUGGUGAAGAUCGCACAUAUCGCAUUUUGAAUACCCUCGAGUUUAAUUCAACUCGAAAGCGCAUGAGUGCUAUUGUCCGUAUGCCCGAUGGAAAAAUCAUGUUGUUCUGCAAGGGCGCCGACAGCAUGAUAUAUUCCCGGCUGGCUCGGGGCGAACAGCAAGCCUUGCGCAAAGCUACCGCUGAAAACCUGGAGAUCUUCGCCCGCGAAGGCUUGCGCACGCUUUGCGUUGCCGAGAGGGAGAUUGACGAAGAGUUUUACCAAGAGUGGAACAAAGACCAAGACUUUGCCGCCCAGGCUCUGACAGACAGAGAAGACCGUUUGGAAGAGGUUGCUGAUCGAAUCGAGCGUGAUCUGACCCUAAUCGGUGGCACUGCCAUUGAAGAUCGUUUGCAAGACGGUGUGCCAGAUACAAUUGCACUUCUUGGACAAGCUGGCAUCAAGUUGUGGGUCUUGACUGGAGACAAAGUGGAGACUGCCAUCAACAUCGGCUUUUCCUGCAAUCUACUUUUAAAUGAUAUGGAUUUAAUCCUGUUCGACAUGCCAGAUGGCAAAUUGGAAGAUGCUGCUAAGCUGUUGGAUCAACAUCUACAGACCUUUGGUCUUACAGGAUCUGAAGAAGAACUAGCGGCUGCUCGCUUGAUCCAUGAACCACCAGCAGCGACACAUGCUCUGAUCAUUGACGGUGAAUCAUUGAAUCUGGUGCUACACGAUGAUCUGAGGCAACGCUUCUUGUUGCUGUGCAAGCAAUGUAAAUCGGUCCUAUGUUGCCGAGUCAGUCCUGCUCAGAAAGCCGCCGUGGUUCAACUCGUACGCAAUGGUCUCGAUAUCAUGGCGUUGUCAAUCGGCGAUGGUGCAAACGAUAUUGCAAUGAUUCAGGAAGCGGAUGUUGGUGUGGGUAUCGCUGGUGAGGAGGGACGACAGGCAGUCAUGUCUUCAGAUUACGCCAUUGGUCAAUUUCGAUUCCUUCAGAGGCUUGUUCUCGUCCACGGUCGCUGGUCAUAUCGUCGACUGGCCGAGUCCAUGGCCAACUUCUUCUACAAGAACUUGGUCUGGACUUUUGCACUCUUCUGGUAUCAAAUAUACAACAGCUUUGACAUCACUUACCUGUUCGACUACACUUAUAUUCUACUUGUUAACUUGGUCUUCACCUCUUUCCCUGUGGGUCUGAUGGGUAUCCUCGACCAAGACGUCAGCGAUAAGGUCUCACUGGCUGUGCCGCAGCUCUAUCGUCGAGGUAUGAAGAGGAAGGAGUGGACACAGACCAAAUUCUGGCUCUACAUGUUUGACGGUCUGUACCAAUCCGCAAUAUGUUUUUUCAUGUCGUACCUCCUCUUCCAACCAGCUACCUUCGAAACCCCGAACGGCCGUGGUAUUGCAGAUCGAAAUCGAAUGGGAGUUUACGUUGCUUGUACCGCUAUCGUGGUUAUCAACGCCUACAUCUUGAUGAACACCUACAAGUGGGACUGGAUCAUGGUCCUCGUUACUGUGGUUAGCGUUCUCCUCAUCUUUGCCUGGACUGGGAUCUACUCCUCGUUCGAAGCAUCGUUCCAAUUCUACAAGUCUGCGGCAGAGGUUUACGGCUCACUAACAUUCUGGGCCGUGCUUCUUCUGACCGUCAUCGUCUGCCUCCUACCCCGAUUCACUGCCAAGUUUUACCAAAAGAACUACCGCCCCUACGACAUUGAUGUGGUUCGUGAACAGGUUCGACAAGGUAAAUUUGAUUAUCUGGAUGAGUACGAAUCGUAUGUCCCACCAAAGUUAGCCGAUGUCUCGGGCACAUCUUCCGAACAACCCGAGGACCAACCCACUGACCUUGAGAACCACAAGACCCACGCGAGGUACUCAAGCAUGGCUGAAUCUCAGAGACCAAUUUACCCACCAUCUGAAGCGCCAACGAGAGAUACUCGGCACCCUCACAGUCAGAACGGAAGUGAUGGCACUGAUAGGACGAAGCCAUCACUUGACUUGUCCAGGUACCAAGGAGAAUCGUCCACUCCUGACAAGUUAAAACGAAGAAGACCUUCUUUGGAGCGUGUUCGCUCUUCAUUCGAGCGACAGCGACAAUCUUUGGAUCGGCUGAGACCAAGCUACGAGGGCAGCCGAGAUUUUACAAGCGCAGCAAUGUUGCAGCGAAUGGAGUCGAGCUACUCUCAGUCGAACUACUCGCAAGCCACUGGUCCAUUGUCCCAGCAAAACACACGCAAGACACAUGAUGUUGCGGAUGAGCUUCAUUAG